CACCAAAUCUCAAUUUGAAAGAAGUGUGCUGAGGUCUUAUGUCUACCUCCAAAGACAGUCACAUAAAACUAGCAACUGCUGGCAAUGCUCAGUCCUGGCACCCAAUAUUGUACACACAGGAAAACAUUGCACAAAUCUGUUGCAUCCUUCCACCCUAACCCCCCUCGCCUCAGCAUUUCUAUCCCCGCCUCCUUCCCUUAUCCAAAUUUUCCAGCCAAGUGCUGGAGCUGACUUCCGCAAUCCUGAUGGAAUAAAUCUAGCACCCUUAGUCUUCCAGUCACAUUAGCCAUACUUCCUGGUUGAAAGGAGCCUAGACAGCACUCUCAACAGCAGGAUGUGGGGGUUCAAGUUACUGCUGCUACCCAUGGUGAGCUUUGCUCUGUACCCUGAGGAGAUUUUGGAUACCCAGUGGGAGCUAUGGAAGAAGACCUACAAGAAGCAGUAUAACAGCAAGGUGGAUGAAAUCUCUCGGCGUUUAGUUUGGGAAAAAAACCUGAAGCAUAUUUCCAUCCAUAAUCUUGAGGCCUCUCUUGGUGUCCAUACCUAUGAACUGGCCAUGAAUCACUUGGGGGACAUGACCAGUGAAGAAGUGGUUCAGAAGAUGACUGGACUCAAAGUCCCCCCCCCUCACUCCCACAGUAAUGACACCCUCUAUAUCCCAGAGUGGGAAGGCCGAGCCCCAGACUCCAUUGACUAUCGAAAGAAAGGAUAUGUCACUCCAGUCAAAAACCAGGGUGAAUGUGGCUCCUGUUGGGCUUUUAGCUCUGUGGGUGCCCUCGAGGGCCAGCUCAAGAAGAAAACGGGCAAACUCUUAAAUCUGAGCCCCCAGAACCUUGUGGAUUGUGUGUCUGAGAAUGAUGGCUGCGGAGGUGGCUAUAUGACCAAUGCCUUCCAAUAUGUGCAAAAGAACCGGGGAAUUGACUCUGAAGAUGCUUACCCAUAUGUGGGGCAGGAUGAAAGUUGUAUGUAUAACCCAACUGGAAAGGCAGCUAAAUGCAGAGGGUACAGAGAGAUCCCUGUGGGGAGUGAGAAAGCACUGAAGAGAGCAGUGGCUCGAGUGGGACCUGUCGCUGUGGCUAUUGAUGCGAGUUUGACUUCUUUCCAGUUUUAUAGCAAAGGUGUUUACUAUGAUGAAAACUGCAACAGUGAUAACCUGAACCACGCUGUGUUAGCAGUGGGCUAUGGGAUCCAGAAGGGAAACAAGCACUGGAUUGUUAAAAACAGCUGGGGAGAAAGCUGGGGAAAUAAAGGAUAUAUUCUCAUGGCUCGGAAUAAGAACAACGCCUGUGGCAUUGCCAACAUGGCCAGCUUCCCCAAGAUGUGAUUCCAGUCAGCCAACCUCCUCUUCCAUUCCUUCUACGAUGGUGGUGCGAUAUAAUGGUAUACUUUGGAAGGGAAUUGGUAUACCAUUCUUUUUUUUGAUAUUUUUUGAGACAAGGUCUCUGAGCCCAGCUGGCCUGGAACUUGCUAUGUAGGCCACACUGACCUCAAUCUCACAGAAAUCUCCCUGCCUCUGCCUCCCAAGUGCUGGGAUUAAAGUCGUGUGCCACCAUACCUGGUUCUGGUAUACCAUUCUUGAAGAUAUGUUGAUACUAAAAUUGUUGAAUUCCUCCACUUGUUGGUAUUUCAAAUGACACCUCUACUACUUUCCUUUUCUCGACACAAGGCCUUUUUUGUGUGUGUGUGAAUUUCUGGGAGAUGUAGAUUAGUAAGGCUAAGAUACCUGGUCACAGCCUGACCUUACUUUGUUUUGGAACUGAUGCUAUGCAGAUAAAUGCUGGAGAUCUUCUGGUAAACUAGAUUUUCAUUCAUUGGGAUGACCUGGCUUUAACUACCGUAAAGGACAAAGGUGACCUGACUUCUCAAUUUCCAAGUCCCUGUCUUCUAUAUCUUCAAGUAGACAUCUCUAUGUUUUUCACUCUAAUUCACAAAUAUAUCCAUAAUUCUUUGACAGAUUUACAUGAUAUAAGAAACGUGUAUUCUUUUUCCUUCUUUGCAUUUUUGAAAUAAAGUGACUUGUUUAUAAUUUAAUAAAUAGUAUUUCGUCCAUAUCCAUGUUGGAU